AUGGCGACGGAGCAGCCGCCAGAGUUCAUUGUCAUCAAGCCCGUUGACUUCGAAUCCACUCAACACCGACCCCACGCGUCAUCUACAGCAUCGGCACAGAAAGUGAGGCGGUGGGAGUCAAUUGUUGAGAACCUACUGACCAAGAAACUUCCGCGAACGGAGCGGGAUUGGGACCGGAUCCUGCGUACCCAAGACGACGUCAACAGAAUUCUGCAGCAAGUUGUUCUGCCCCACCUCAGUCCGACCGAGAAAGCUGCCUUGAGUUGGAGGGGUCGCUUUGACGAGUGCUCCAAGCACUUGAAGCUUCUUGCCCAAGAAAAGUCGGAAGAGAACCCCAUAGAGCUCUUCAAAUUGGCUGUUAUUGCUCUCUCGGAGGUCGCCAUCAAGGAGGACAUUCCCAGCGACAAGGUGUAUCAGUAUCUGCGGCUGUGUCUACGGAAAUACCCCAAGUCGGGCAAACAACUUGGCGACGAGAGUCUCCGCAAAACCAUCAAGGCGGUACGAGAAGGGAUUCGAUUUGUCGAGGGCUUCACAGAUAUCCUUGGACCACGUUCCAACGAGCUUCCCUUAUACGUGAAAUCAUGGACGACAGUCUUCCACGACUACACCGCGGAGUGCGGAGUGCUUCCCGUCAUCACCGUCGCGUUUGUCGUCGUCAUCGUCAUCGUCAUCGCCAUCGUCAUCGUCGUCAUCGUCGUCAUCGUCGUCCCCCUCGUCUACAUCGUCCACAUCAUCGUCACCGACAUCGUCACCGUGAUGCUCAUCAUUUCUGUCCCCUGCUCUAUUUCGAUUGCAGUCCCUACCACCAAGAGACACGUCACGAGCGACAGUCAAUCGCGGCAAAUGCAUUUGGACUUCGAGCAUUCUAGCUACAAGGCGUUGCGCUUCAAGCUGUUGGGGUUGAUUAGUGCUGUUUAUCCGUGCUGUGUUGCGAACUGA